AUGCCAAGCGCGGAGCAGGUUCCACUAGAUCAGAACGCCGAUCAGAACCCUGCCAUUAUCCUAGUUCAACAUACGGCAACUGAUGAUGACCUGGAAGGUGCAGAAUCUCGAUAUGCUCGUGGAUAUGGAGGUGGUGGCUUCGGAGGAGGCGGUUUUGGAGGCGGUGGCUUUGGAGGAGGUGGCUUUGGCGGUGGCGGCUUCGGUCAUGGAGGAGGAUUCGGUGGUGGAGGUUUCGGUCAUGGAGGCGGAUUUGGUGGUGGCGGCUUUGGAAGAGGAUAUGGUGGCGGCUUUGGAGGACAUGGCGGCGGUGGUUAUGGUCAUCAUCAUCAUCAUCACGGAUAA